GUCACCGGGAUAGGCUCCACUAUCCUCACACUGUAAGGUACAAGUGCCACAAGGAGACUAUAUUCCUCUGAAAUAAUGGAUGGGACAAAGCCGGCCAUGGAGUCCAACGCGGAGGAGACUCAGGACGAGGGGCAGGAGAGCAAAGGAUGCUUCGAGUGCUGCAUCAAGUGUCUGGGCGGGGUGCCCUACGCCUCCCUCGUGGCCACCAUCCUCUGCUUCUCAGGCGUGGCUCUGUUCUGCGGCUGCGGCCAUGUGGCGCUCACCGGCACCCUGACCAUGCUGGAGAACCAUUUCUCCAGGGUCACCAGCGACCACGCCACCCUCACCAUGGUGAUCCAGAUCUUUCAGUACAUCAUCUACGGCAUCGCCUCCUUCUUCUUCGUCUACGCCAUCAUCCUGCUGGCUGAGGGAUUUUACACCACCAGCGCCAUCAAGAAGGAGCUGCAGAGCGACUUCAAGACCACCGUCUGCGGACGCUGUAUCACCGCCUUUUUCAUGUUCCUGACCUACAUCCUCGCUCUGGCCUUCCUCGCUAUCUUCGGCUUCACGGCCAUCCCCGUGUUCCUCUUCUUCAACAUGUGGACUACCUGCGCCGCCAUGAAGUCUCCCGACGCCAACAUCACCUCGCCUGACUCCAUCUGUGUGGACGUCAGGCAGUAUGGUGUUAUUCCCUGGAACGCCACACCAGGAAAAGCUUGCGGAGCCACACUGGGAGACAUCUGUAACACAAGCGAGUUCUACCUGUCCUACCACCUUUACAUUGUCGCUCUAGCCGGAGCCGGAGCCACUGUCAUCGCAUUGAUCCACUACCUGAUGAUCUUGGCGGCCAACUGGGCCUAUCUGAAGAGCGCCGUCUCCACGCACGAGUACCAGGACAUCAAGACCAAGGAUGACCAGGAUCUGGAGGCUGAGGCGCGCUCCAAGGAGGGCCAGAACUCCUCCUCCUACUCAUAAGGACAAGAGAUCCUCUCCAGCCGCCACCCAUCUCCGCUCCACACCUCAACCCCCCACCCUACAACAACCCAGCGCCCACCCCCUCCCUCCGUUAAAACAAACCACCUCGGUCAUGUUUGAUAGUCCCCCCAGCCUCCUGAUUCUCCAUCCUCUUCCCUUCCCCGAUGUUGAUUAAGAGUUGUGGCAGCGUACCCACAGCAGAGGGGAAGAGAAUAGAGGGUCAGGAGAAGCGGAAGGCCCAGACGGAGGCAGAUGUUUCAGAACGGGAGAGCCCGCCCCGCCGGGGUGGAGCUCAGGUACGGUACAUCAGUUCAGAAGCGUCUCCUCCCCCCCGUGCUUUUGGGGCGGCGGCUCGUGAACGUGGCCCGGCUGUGAUGGCCUCGCGCCCUGAGCCAGCACAGCCUCUCGACACACAGCUCCUAACAGCCUAAAAAAAACAUUGUUCACUGUCAGCUUCAGCCACAGGGAAGCCAAGCAGCGACCAACUUCCUCUGUUUUUUUGGUGUUUUAUAUGCAUAUAUAUAUGAAUAUGAAUAUAUUGUGCGAAUGUGUAUGAAUGUUGUUGUUUUUUUUAAUAACUCUCUGAAAAGUAUGCCAGGUACUAUUAUGAUCUUUUUUCUUCUUUAUGUUUUGGCGCUCAUAGGUUUUUUUUCUCCUUUACUUUUCUUCUCCAUCCUUAACUUUUUAUUGCUAAUGCUCGAUAUGUGUUGCACUAUUUAUGAAACAAAAAAACAAGGAGGGUGAAAAUCCCUUAAAAACACAAGGGGAAAACACACCCCCCCCCCGUCUCUCAUAGA